GUUGGAAUCGCAGGUGUACCAAGCGCAUCAUUCCUUUUAAGACGGUAAUAACGGGAAGAAAGGGAUUAUAUCGCGUCUCAUUCGGUGAUGGCUUUAUAAGGCUCCGUGUGAGAUCUUCGAAAACUACAGUGAGCAGAAUGCAUAGACACACGGCAAGGCAGGCCUUUCUUGUCCUCUUCCUCAUCGUCAGUCUGAUGGGGCCCAUACAUUCAGAGAUCUCCAACUGCGUCAUUAAACGCGAAGAGGAGAGAUGCAUGGAGCGAAUCGCUCUGCACGACCCCAAAGAUGACGAAAAGUUUGGCUGUCCAUGGGAGUGGGAUAACCUGACCUGCUGGCAGGCGACUGGUGUUGGAGAGGUUUUGGAGGUCAAUUGUCCUGAGCUCUUUGAAUUCAUGAGUCCAGAGGAGGGUCUCGGCAGGAUCAGCAGAAACUGUACGGAGUUUGGCUGGUCUGAACCGUAUCCUCACUACGUUGACGCCUGUAUGAUCGGCUACAACACAACCAAGCCUGACAUGUACUAUGCAUCUGUGAAGGCUCUCUAUACAGUGGGCUACAGCACGUCUCUGGUGUCUCUGACCACAGCUAUGGUCAUUCUCUGCAGAUUCAGGAAGCUUCACUGCACCAGGAACUUCAUCCACAUGAAUUUGUUUGUGUCGUUCAUCCUGAGAGCCAUCUCUGUGUUCAUUAAAGAUGGCGUUCUGUACGCAGAGGAGGACAGUGACCACUGCUUUGACCAUACUGUGGGCUGUAAGGCAGUGAUGGUCUUCUUCCAUUACUGUGUCAUGUCAAACUACUUCUGGCUCUUUAUCGAGGGUCUUUACCUCUUCACACUGCUGGUGGAGACCUUUUUCCCUGAAAGACGCUACUUCUACUGGUACACCAUCAUUGGCUGGGGGACACCCACUAUUUGUGUGACCAUCUGGGCUGUUCUGCGUCUCAAUUUUGAUGAUUCUGGCUGCUGGGAUAUGAAUGAUUACACUGCUCUCUGGUGGGUGAUAAAGGGACCAGUCGUGGCAUCAAUUAUGAUUAAUUUUGUUCUCUUCAUUGGAAUAAUCGUAAUCCUGGUGCAGAAGCUGCAGUCUCCAGACAUCGGCGGAAACGAGACCAGCAUUUACCUCAGCUGUGCACAGAAAUGCUUCAGUGAGCCCACACAGGCGGCCCAGCAUUCGUGCAGGAUAUCAGAGCUUUCUACCAUCACGCUGCGUCUGGCACGUUCGACCCUGCUCCUCAUCCCGCUGUUUGGAAUCCACUACACUGUGUUUGCCUUCUCCCCAGAGGAUUUCAGCAAGCGGGAGAGACUGGUCUUUGAGCUGGGCCUGGGCUCCUUCCAGGGGUUUGUGGUGGCCGUCCUGUACUGCUUUCUGAACGGAGAGGUGCAGUCAGAGAUAAAGAGGAAAUGGAGGAGCUGGACGGUGAACAGGUACUUUGCUGUGGACCUGAAGCAGCAACGUCACCCUUCGCUAGCGAGCAGUGGGGUGAACGGGGGGACGCAGCUGUCCAUCCUCAGCAAGAGCAGCUCGCAGAUACGCAUGUCCAGCCCGCUGGCCGAAACGGUCAACCUGAACCUGCCCACCUGA